CAGCAGCGCACUUCCUCUUACUUGUGCACUUGCUGCUUCAUUGUUGCUAUUACCAGCUGCCUGCAUGAGCUGUGGAAGACAAUAUUUCAAGCUAGUAUUUACUUAUGAAGAAAUAAAAUAAAAGUUAUGACAAAGUCAUAACAUUAGCCUGGGAUCGAGUGGAUAAAUAUCUUUCACCUGCACAGCCAAGACAAAUGGAUAAGCCGUCACAACAAGCUCAGAUGAAUUCAGAGCAGCCACUGUCUCCGAACACAAGGAGGAGUUUCAGCUUCUCAUCUCUCCGUAUUAAAAAAAGGCACAACAGUAAUGAAGAGGGUGGAUUUGGAUGGCGGAGAGGGUUGCGGUCUUUUUCAUCAGUACGAGAGGGACCGAGAAAGGAGUCAGUCCUAGAUGAAGUUGGCGCCUCAAAGCUAAACAAGGUUCAGGAUCAGCUGAGGAAGACAGGUGAGCAGCCCAAAGGUAACCUCAUCUCUCAUGUCGCUGAGAAAGACAACAUCCCAUCAGGGGAAGAUGAAGGUGCACGACAAGGGGCCCUCAAGAGGUUUAGUGCCAUGUGGUCCUCCUUUCGCAAAGGCAAAAGAGAUAGAGGCAAAGACCCUGAAACUACAGAGGCGCUGGGCCCGGUGGUGGGAGACGACACAUCCAGGCAACACCGCUACUUCAGCGGUCAGUACUUCUUCGAGUACCUGGUGGUGGUCAGCCUCAAGAAGGCCAAGGGCAGCAGCAGCUACGAGCCUCAGAUCACCUACCAGUUCCCCAAGAGGGAUGGGAUGGCAAAAUUUCAGAAGGAGGAAGAGGAGAAGACGCUGAAGGCCAUCACUCUCUUUUGUUUCCCAGAGGGGAUCAACUGGGCUCCUUUGACCGAAUACCACAGUGAGACCUUCUCUUUUGUUCUGACUGAGAUUGAUGGCAGCAGAAGAAAUGGAUACUGCAGGAGGUUACUGCCUGGAGGGAAAGGAGCUCGACCACCCGAGGCUUACUGUAUCAUCAGCUCGCUGGCUUGUUUCGGCCUCUUCUCCAAGAUAUUUGACGAGGUGGAGAAGCGGCGGCAGAUCUCCAUGGCCAUGAUCUACCCAUUCAUGCAGAAGCUGAGGGAGGCUUCAUUCCCAGCUCCAGGACACACUGUGGAGAUUAAGAGCUUCAUUCCUGAGUCGGGCACUGAGAUAAUCCGUCUGACCCGGCCGUUGGAUUCCUGGCUGGAACACGUGAACUUCGGCAAGCUCUUCGACUGCCUGACAGACGAGGAGGUGUUACUGGUGUUUGCUGCCGCUGUCCUGGAGAGACGGAUCAUUUUCAUCGCUGAUGAACUGGGCACAUUAUCCCAAGUCAUUCAUGCAGUAGCAGCCCUCCUUUACCCCUUCACCUGGCAGCACACCUUCAUCUCCAUUGUUCCAGAGAUCCUGAUCGAUGUAGUGAUGGCACCUACCCCCUACCUGCUGGGAGUCCAGAAACGCCUUCUGGACCAGGUCACGGACCCGUGUGACCUGCUGCUGGUCGACUUGUCUGAGGAAAAGAAGGAGACCUUUAUUUUUUCAAUUGGUGAUGAAGGGUCUAUUCUGCCCCCGAAGCUCCAAACUGAAAUACUAGAGGAACUAAGUAAAAGGCAGCAAGCAUCAACGGCAGAGGAGCUGAACCGGGUGGUGUCAGAAGCCUUCCUGCACUUCUUUGUGAAAACAGUCGGCCAUUACGCCUCGUAUGUGAAACGCGGUCGUACUGGAGAUCAGGGCGUGUUUGAAAAGAGAAGUUUCUACAAGGCCAUUGACUCCAAGACCACUCGACACUUUGUCAAGAAGUUCAUCGAGACGCAAAUGUUUGACCUGUUUAUCCAGGAGGUGGAGCAGCAGCAGACUGGACCACAGCAGG